CGAGAAAAGGUCAAMACUCUUUGGAGGGAGRUCAAUCAUUUUGCAAUCUCUUUCGACGUUUCUUGGAGCUUUUAAGGACUUCAAGCAAUCAUUAGAAUGGCUAAAGAACUGCCCUCCUUGAGUGGUCAUGUAUGCUUGGUUACUGGUGCUUCUAGAGGAAUCGGAAAAGGGAUAGCUUUGAUGUUAGGGAAAGCUGGAGCUACUGUUUAUAUUACUGGGCGAACAUUGGUUUCAACAGAUGGUAAAACUGGAUCUCUUACUGAUGUAGCUAAAGAGGUUGAGGAUCAAGGUGGUGUGUGCAUCCCAGUGCAGUGUGACCAUGGUAACGAUGACCAAGUAAAGAGUGUGUUUGACAAAAUAAAAGCAGAACAAAAUGGACGUUUUGACUUGUUAGUAAACAACGCCUACAAAGGUGUCAAGAGAAUUUUUGAUACAGCAGGAAAACCAUUCUAUGAACAGCCUCUUAACACAUGGGAUGAAAUCAAUAAUGUUGGAUUAAGGUCCAACUAUGUUGCAGCAUAUUAUGCAGCCCAGAUGAUGGUACCAAACAAGCAUGGCCUCAUUGUUAAUGUGUCGUCAGCRGGGGGUUUGGCAUAUUUGUUCAACAUUCCAUAUGGAGUAGGAAAGGCUGCUAAUGACCGUAUGAUGGCUGAUAUGGCAGUUGAAUUGAAGAAAAGCAAUGUUGCAACAAUCUCUCUGUGGCCAGGGCCAGUAAAUACUGAAUUUGUGUCAUCAGCCCUGCAGUCACCGGAUGCGAACGACAGAAUGGCUUCUGUUUUCAAAGAUGCAGAGGAUCCUACAUUCUCAGGAAAAGCUGUAGCUUGGUUGGCUGCRGACUCAAACAUCAUGAGCAAGAGUGGAAGUAUUCAAAUUGUGGCGGAGUUAGCAAGAGAAUAUGGUUUUUCUGAUGUUGGAGGGAAUGUGCCUCUUUCAUUUCGCCAAGUCAAGUUUUUAGUAAAAAGGACCUAUCCUAGUCUUCAAUGGAUGGUCCCAGAAUUUCUGUAUGUCCCAGGUUGGGUCCUUGGAGCUCAAUUUCACAGAUUUAAAACACCAUCAAAGAUGUAAAAAAGUACAAAUUGUUAACAAUUAUAGAGCAAACGCAGGAAAACCAUGAAAUAAUAUCAAAAUAAAUACUAACAAAUAGCAAYUAUUUGGAGACAAUUUGUCAGUAUCAAUGAAACAGAACGCAAUAAAGAUGGUCCCAUGUUGAUUCAUCUUGAAUCAUUGUUUUUCUGGUUCAUUGAUACAGACAAAUUGUCUCUAAAUAGCCACUUAUUUGUUAGUAUUUAGUUUGAUUAUAUUUCAUGGUUUUCCUGCAUUUGCUCUAUUGUAUUUGUUUUCUAUAUAUAUGCAUAUAAUUGCAAUAGCGUUGUCAUAGUACAAAGAACAUUGUGCUUUGGUAAAAAGGAAUAAAUGAAAAAAAAAAAAAGAUUAAAUGAAGUAAUGUAUUCCUUUUGAUUGUAAAUGUUUUCUAUGAAAACGUUUUUGCAAUUAAGUGUAUGAUUAUGAUUUUAACAAUGAAAGAAAUUGAUUAUAAUAAGAUAUUUACGUUUAUAUCAUUGGUUGAUUAUCUUUGUGAAGUCACCAUAGUAACAGUGAAAUGCUUACAUAAUUAUUAUGUAAUUUUAGGCGAGGUAAAUUGCUCUAUCACAUAAUUACGUCACACCAAAACAUUCUAUUGCUUUAAUGCUAAGGAUUAUGGUCACUAGAGGGGAUUAGAGUGACUGCAUAUCAAAUAAAAAUCUUUCGGAAAGAAUAUUUUGAUAGGUCCAAAUUUCUAGUCCUUCUGAGCAUCUAUCCACAAUGUAAACGUACUGUGACGUCAUUAUGCCAUAGGGCAGCUAUCAUGUGAUUUUUGAAAACAGCUCAGUCUGAAAAAAAUUAUACCAGAAAACAAAUCUCAAGAGAAUACUUUUAAGUAUUAAAACAUACCUUAACGUAUUAAACCGGCAUUAAAAAAAAGACUUACAUAUGAUUUCACGAUGAUUUCACGGAUAGAGUGGUUUUCAUAAAGCCGUGAAAUACACUUGAGGUCACUACACUUUACCUCUCUUUAUAUUAGAGUGGUUUUGAUUCACACUUUAUUACACUUUGACUGUUACACUUUGUUUCACGGGUUAAUGAAAUCCACUCUAUAGCUAUCAUAGUACGGGUUCUCUGAUUGGUCAAAUGUAACUAUUUCACCAGUAAACGCACGGAUGCGAAAAUGCUUUCUUGGUAAAAUAAACUACUUGGAAUAUUGGGGAAACGCUUUUUCGUGUUCUCCUGACAUCUCGUUUGGAGUUCACCAGGAACGCACAAAAAUGUUUUGUUUAUUGCUGAAUUAUUUUGCAAGUUUUUCUUUGUUUUUUUUUUUUUUUUUUUCGGUGUAUCUCAUUUUAUUGCAGUUUGACUUUUACACUUUUUUUCGCGGGUUUUUGAAGCAAAUCACUAUAUAAGUAACAAUUAUAGAGAAUAUACGUACAGAUGUAUCUAAUCCAAAAUCAAACAAUAACCAGACAGAAUAUGUCGAUAGAUUAUCAGUUAAAUUGGUCAUUAAACGAUGCAGCAUCGAGGCACUGAUUUAAUUUUAUGAAUUAAAAGUUUUAAAACAUC